AUGGCGCUCGACAAGCCUGCGCCUGCUCCCGCGGAGGCCGCUGACAUCGACGACGACUCCUGGGCCGACCACGGCAUGGCCGAGGCAGGUGCGCCUGGCACGGAGGCAGCGCCCUCCGAGGCGCCUGCGGCCUCCUCGGCGCCGCCGCCUUCGGACGCAGAGGAGCGCGCGGCCCUGGGCGCCGUGUACCUUCUGCGGCCUACCCGGCAGUACGACGUCGACCGCCUCCCGAUCGCGGUGCUCCGCAAGCUCGUCACGGACGACCCUGCGCCUGCGACCGGUGCUGGAGCGACGCACGGAGCCCCCUCGUCUUCGUGA